ACAAGCAAGAAGUGGUCAGCUCUUGGACCAAGUACAUAAAGGGAACAUUAAAGAUGCAGUCUGCCGUUAAGCACAACCUCCACCCAGAAAGCGAAGCAGACAUCAACAAGCUGAUCAACAUCAAACUAACUGCCUCCUACACGUAUCUCGCCCUGGGAAUGUACUUUGACAGGGAUGAUGUGGCACUGCCCAGCUUCUCUCAGUUUUUCCUUGAGCGUUCUGUGAAGGAGAGAGAGCAGGCCGAAAGUCUGCUGGAGUAUCAGAACAUGAGAGGAGGACGCAUUCUGCUCCAGUCGAUUGCGAAGCCAAGCCGUGAGGACUGGAGAGGAGGUCUGGAUGCCAUGUCGUUCUCUCUGGACUACCAAAAAUCUCUCAACCGCUCUCUGCUGGAAAUUCACCACACCGCUAGCACGCACGCUGACCCGCACCUCUGCGAUUUCCUGGAGAACCACUUCCUGUCCGACAGCCACGACACCAUUAAGAAACUGGGAGAUUACGUGGGCAGUCUGACCCGCCUCACUUCCUCCGACACCCAUGGAACUAUGGGAGAAUACCUGUUUGACAAACACACUCUGUGAAUGGUACCUCCAUGGCUCUUCUUCAAUAUGUCCAGUUCCACAGUGUGCAGCCCCCUCUCCUGGGAAAAGCUGUGUUUGUGGGUUUUAUUUUCAACCAAUCAGUAGUCAGAACAUUUUGGGUAUAAGCUAUUCAAGGGUAAACCAAGUUACUUUUAUAGAUGAACAGUUUCAAAGAGGAGCGCACCUUCAGUGGCUCUCAUUGGCUUUGGGCUCGCACACUCCAGUCAUAGAACAGAAAAUGUUACCUCGUUACAAAACUCCCGUUACCAGCAGUGAUAUACCUCAGAACCUUUUGAGCAAGAUUCCUUUUCUUUCCACUACAAACCUGGUGCUAGAUCUCAGAGUGUCAGUGUCAGUGUCUAAAAUCAGUCAAGCAUUCCAGUAGUGUUCCUUUGUUUCUUUUCUCUUCUCUUCUUGAGAUUUUAUCCUUCAAUUUGUUUGUUCUUGACAAUGGAUGCCAUUCCUAAUUUGAUUUUUCAAAACCCGCAGUUGUUACACAGACAGUAACUAUCAGCUAUCAGUUAUUUCAGGUCAUGACUGUGCGAUCCUUUCAAAGGAAGAUUUCAUCUCAAAAGAUUAAAAAACAAGAGAUUAUGUUCAAUAAAAUAGAAUUUCCUUUA